UUUGUUGCAAACAAUUCACCCAACAUCUCUACACCUUUUUUGGAAUCUAGUGUUGACGAAGCUUUAUCGCCAGCUUGCUUUUCACCUUAUCAAACUUCGCCUUUUAUGACACAACAACAACAUAUUUCUUAUCAUCCUUCUACUACAGAUGUUGCUGUUGGUCAAUACAUUGAUCAAAAUGAUAGAACCGUUGUGAAAAGUGAACCUGUUUUUACUGGAGAUCCUAUGGAACUACUUAUUGACAAAUCGAAGGCAUCUACUACAAGUCCCUCACCAACUGAUAACAUCACCACUCCACUUUUUGUUCCUAUCGGAUCAACUGGCAGCAAUGAAAAUGAAUUUCUACAUCAUCAUCAUCAACAACAACAACAACAACAACAGCAACAACAAAUGAAUAAUAGUGAUGCAAGUUUCCAUUCAACCGAUAGCGAAUCUGAUCAUAAGAAACGACGCAGCACCAAAACAACUCGAGUGAAUCAAAAUGAAAAACGAUAUGGAUGUCCUAUUUGUCGACGCAAAUUCUCAAGACGAUACAACCUCAAUACUCAUAUUCGAACUCACAACGCUAAUCGCAUCAAGGAAUUUGCCUGUGAUAUAUGUGGCACUGCUUUCGAUCGAAAACAUGAUCGUGAUCGUCAUUUGGGCUCAGUUCACUAUGGAAAUCGUUCUUAUUCUUGCAAUCAUUGUAGUGCCACCUUCUGCCGCAGAGAUGCCUUGGCCCGUCACACUGUCAAAUCUCAUUCUGACUCAUAA